UCGGGACGCAGCCGGGAGUAAACAAAACAGAAAAGAGUAUCGUGCCCGAACUUUGAUCCGUUGAAGGAAGCAACGGAAGAGAUUUCACGCUGUGUUUUUCAGGUGGUGAUUGAACUCGUGCCCGGCUCAACAUCAUGUCUCAUCACCGCCUCAUUCCGCCUGUUGGUUGUUGUUGUGUGCACGAUUUAAGAUUUUUAUUUACCACUCGGUUUUUUCUCGCUGCUGGGCGGCAGUUGCUUCUAUAAUUAUAAAUAUAUUUGUUUUUCCGUCACCAUGUAUCGUUCUGCCCAAUACCUACCACCAGCUAUAUAAAAUGAGAAAGUACAUCCUAUGAAAAUCAGCAUUUCCACCUCAUAUCGGAUUGCGCAUUGCCAGAGUAAAGACGUUCAUUCGUGAUUAAAAUUUCGCAUCGCAUAAGAUUGUGUUCUCGUUAACGGCGGUUCCUUUAAAAGUGUUGCAGUUGUCUAUAAUACUUAUUUAAACAUAGGAUAUACGUUAAACGAAAUCAGUGAAAAUAGAACAAAAUGUGUGAUAUUCUUGCGGCCAUAUCUUAUAGCUACGGGUAUCACGAACGGCCCAGAAAACGGGUAAAAAUAAAUAUGACUAUUCCAUCAAGACCUGCACCGCCACCUCCGCAGCGCAAUACGUCGGCGGCAUUGCGAUACACACCAACGACCGACUGGGAUUUUUGUGCUUUUGGAACCACCGCCAACGCUGGAGCAAGCGGCACAGCAUCAUCAGGGCAAACUGGUGUUGGAAGCGGAGAUUAUUUUCAGCCCCAACAUCAGCAGAAUGUCAAAGCUAAAAAGCCACCGCCACCGAGGCCACCACCACCGAAACUUUCGGCCGCAGUCCCAACUGCUGCGCCGCUGAAGAAACCAGGUCAACCACAGUCGAUAAAUAUCCUGUCUAGUUUGUUCGGCCAUAAACGACCAUCGAACGGCGCUGCUGCUCCAAACAAACCGACCGGCAGUGUUGUUCCGCAUCAAAAACACGGCUUAAGUUCCGGGUCUGUAAAGUUGCUCCCGUCGCCACCAUCGGCAAACAUGGCGAAACAUAUAGGAAAAGGGUACAAUUAUGCCGGUGGUAAUGAAAAUGUGCAACAUAUUGGCACCAACUAUGGAUCACUUUUACCACCACCGAACGUCGGUAGCGGGAGUGGAGCAAGUGCAGAAAUGCAACUGAUAAGCUUUGAUUCUCCACCCAGUUCGCCGACAUUCACACAAAAAUCCUGUAGCGAUUGCAUUAGCGUGGAUAGUUUCAGUUCGGAUUCAAACUAUUCCUCGCCCAAUAAUGGCAGCAUGUCGCAGGCUGAGAGCGGGUUCGAGGAUGAUUUCGUCGCGUGCGGCAACAGUAAUCGGCCACGAGCGAGCUCCAGUGUUCCAUGGGGUGAUCUGGAUCCCUUUGAGGGAGGCAGUACCGCAGGAACAAGUUCGGGGCGUGCCAAAACUGCACCUCCGCCCGUUAUCUACGGCACGAUUCCACUAGCAUCGUCGUCAUCAACGGCCCAGAUUCGUACACCACUGAUAAACAGCAAGCUGCAGAAGUCCGAUUUCGUAGACCCGUUGUGCAACGGCCAAAGCGUCUUACCGCGACACCCAACCAUGUCGAUGCCGACCAUAAUUAAACCUCCAACUAGCAGCAAUACCUCGGACAGCCAGAAAUCCACUCCGUCGCAUUCGGUUUUGCCACGCCAUGUCGCCGCCUCGGGUUCGUCGAAACAAAUGGCACCGAUACCUCCAACAGGCGGUCAGGACCCUUAUGCCGGAAUGGAGGCCGAUAGCUCUUCCGAUGUCCUGGGUGCUUUCGAUUCCCUUCCAUCUCAACCAAUGCCUAGUAUACCGCCUCCACCGCCGCCGCCUGCGACCGAGGCAUACGCAGAAGAUCCGUACGGAAUCGCGCUGUACGACUUCCAGGGCGAAGCGGAUGAAGAUCUAAGUUUUAAGGCAAACGAGAAGAUUUAUCUACUGAAGCGUCUGACCGAGGAAUGGUAUAUGGGUCGCGAUAAACGUGGCCUUGAGGGAAUGUUUCCCGUAAACUACGUCGAGGUGAAGGUUCCGCUUGUAGACGAACAGAGCAAUGAAUCGGUUACACGGCUGAUCCCUGCAACAAGCGACAAUGGUGGCGGCGUGAAAGUGCGGGCACUGUACAAUUUCAAAGCGGAAGCACCAGAAGAUCUUACUAUAAUGGAGAAUGAUGUAGUGGCGGUGCUGUAUCAAAUAACACCGGAAUGGCUGUACGGCGAGAUCAAUGGACGAAGGGGCCAAUUUCCGGCCAACUAUAUUGAGUUUGUGCCACCCAAUCUACCACAGAUGCAGACUGUACCCGGCAGCAGCAGCAGCUAAGCUUCAGCAGUCAGACACAACCUGGAGUAUCGAAUCUCGAGUAUUUACAUAUCCUAGAGGCUUGCCUUAACGCCGUAGCAUGCACAGGUGAAUACUACUGGAUAAUACACACAAGUGCAUCACAACCACGCAGACCCAUCCCCAGGACUGGCUCUAGCGUUGUCCGUUUCGAAUGAAUGAAGCUGUGAUUGUUUUUUACCGCUCCUGCUUGUCUAUGUGGCUUCUUCUAACGGGGACAGAGGAGAGCAUCAUGGGCAAACUGUUUUAGCUGUGGCUUUAUGGAGGCGUAUAAAUUCAUCCCAGAAAUGGUGAUAAUUAGAUAAACAAGUAAGUAACACGGCGCCACCACUACAAACGAACGAGCCGUGUGUACGGAGUAUAUGGUUUCACCGAACGAUUGGCCAUAUGUGCUUGGAAAAGGCUCUAGCAGUAUACACAUCGUCUGUAUCUAUUUUAAGAGAGAGACAGUCAAGAGAAACCCUUCGGCUAAUGUGACGUUUAGCUCAAUCAAGUCCAUGAAAAUGAGACAUUCUGGCGUCGUGUAGCGCGCAUGAUAGUUAGUGCGAAGGAUAUUGGCCAAAGAAUGAAAGCAAGAGCUGCACCGCGAUAUCGGUGGGAGGUAUAAAACCAGAUGGUCCAUUUUUUAGGUAGUAAUUGUAAUAUAGUAGUACAGAACGGGAACAGAAGCGAAAACACGAGAGUAUGUGGUGGGCUCUAUAUACACAGUGUAAUAGAUCUGAAUUUGAAUAGAAAAGGAAAAACGGGAUAGCAGAACGAUAGACUCAACAUUUCGCUUGAUAUGGGGAUGGAUGUGGUCGCUUUUGGAUGAGAUCCACCCGUUUAUAAACGGGAAGCUUGCUAACCAGGAUACUAGCGUAGCGUAACGUAAGGCAUGUUUGUACACUUCGCACAUUUGUGAGCGCUGCUAGGCGGCGCGGAAAACUGUUUUUUCUCCUUCGGUGUGUCGUGCAUUUGAGCGAGACAAUACACUAAUAAAGACACAUUCUUUUCCAUAUAAA